GAAAAAUCUAAGGCACUUAAUAGGUGAAACAUAAUUUGAUCGGGUAGAAUGUGCAAGUAUAAACGUUCCGAUUAUGGACAAUGAGUAAUUCACUGUGUAAAUAUAUACAUAUUAUGAACGUGGUUUACAUCCUAAUCUUCAUCUGAAACCCCGUUGAAAAUGAUAACUGAUCGGAUUGGUUUUUUAAAAUUUUUUUUAAAAUUUUUUAAAGACUGCGUCAGUAAAAUUCACGAACCGUAAUUCAAAUCAACCAUACCCGCCACUGCUCAUCUUUAGGAAUUCCUUAAUAUUUUUUUUGAGUGUAAUCACAUCCUAAGGGUCCUCCCAAAUGUCGUACAUUCCAUCGGAAAACGGUGCAAAUGUAAGUCUUAUAAAGAAGAAAUUCGAGAGAAGGAUGUGUGAUUUAACUCCCUCCAACCCUGACCAAAGGGACAUACUCCGUCGAUCUUUAAGUGUUUCACCAGUAAAAGUCAAGAAGAAUUUCAAGCUCAAUGUCACUCGGCAGCUUUCCAAUCCUUCCAAGAAUAUCAAACGGACUCCAGCAUUCAGAGGUGAUAAGCUCUCUCGCGUAAAGCUCCUUCACUCCCCCUCCGUUGAAAAAUCACCUUCUCUCGUUGAUAAAAAUGUAAAAAUAUUCGAACAAACUACCGAAUAUGGAAAAAUAGGAACUGUCAAGAAAAAAUCAAAUUUCUACGUGUCAAAUUCAAUUUUCAAUGAAUCAAACGAAGAGGAAGUAAAAGACCGAGAAAUGCCCGUGAAAGCAGUGGAGAAUAGUGUGAGAACAACUGUAAUAUCUCGUCACAAAAACAUUUACCCUCUUCAGACUGAAGAGGAAUCAAGAGAUGGAAUGGAUUUCCUUUCACUCGUUCAAAAGAAAAUUAAUGAAAAUUGUGAAAACUUCAAUUCAACAGAAAUUGAAAAUUUUUCGAUUAAUGGCGUGGAAUAUACGCGAGUAACAAAACCGUUAAAAUCAUCAGACACGAUUUUGAAAAAUUACCAAGAGUCUCUAGAAAAAAAUGUAGAUGUUAGGGAAGAGUUAUCUCGGAGGAAAUCGACAGAGAGCAUUUCCAUAUCGUCAGAAUUCACAGAAAGUCUCAAGGCAGCACUCCGAGCUCCUUUACCUUCUGGCCCACCCCCGAGAAAGCCUCCUAGAACAUUUGCGCACUCCCAAUUGGUUCAACGAAGCUAUUCAGACAUUGACGAUUUGGCUUCACCAAAAUCCUCUAAAAUAAAUUUUAAAUAUCUUCUACAAAGCCCAACAGAAACCGCAAAUGAUGUAACUGAUACGAUUGCAAAAAAUUCAUUCCCCUUGGCCAGCGCAAGUGAUGAUGAUUUUUCAACCUGCAAGAACUUUUCAGAUCCUCCAAUUUCUGAUAAAAUAAAAGAAGAAGAGAAUCAACACCAAGAAUUACAUAAAUCGAAAGAAGAAAAAAUUUCAACGGAGUUUCCUUUUUCAAGUCAGCAAAAUGGAUCGAAAGAAUAUCCUAGAAAUUCACAAAAGAUGCUGGAAAAAUUAGAAACCGUUCUAAGUCAACAUCAAAAGGCACUGGGACCAAAAGUAAUAAUGCCAAGACGAGACAGAAAUGAAAUAUCAAUUGGUUUCGAUUCAAGCAAAUCACAGAGUGAUUUAAAUACAAAAGCUAGUGUCGAGAAAAAUGCUAGAAAAACGUUCUUCAGUCAUAGAUUAUUAAGGACAAUAGAAGGUGACAAAAAAUCGGAUAAAAUUGAUGAACUGAAGGGUAAGAAACACUCAACAUUUGAUUGUUUACCCUAUUGGAACUGUGCUAGCUGUACUGUUUAUGAAAAACCAACCUUUCAAAAUUAUUUUGACGAAGAUUUGACAAUUGACGUAAUAUCUAAAUCUGAUAAUUCUCUGCAUUUAUCAAUUGAGAAUAUUUUCAAUUCGAAUGGAUAUGAUAACAAGUCUCUGAGCCCUGGUACUAGACGACUUUCUACAGAACUCAGGACAUUUUUUAAGGGGAGGGAAAAAGAUCUCGGUGGAAGCGCAAAGAAUGAAGAAAGAGUCUAUGCUGAACCUUUUUCGUUUGAUAAAAAUGCCGGUAUUGAUAUCACUGUGCUUGGAGAUCUCUCGAGUACCAAGCAAAGUUACCUCUCAAAAAGCUGGUGCAACGAUGGAAACAAGAACGAAGAAGAAUUGAGCGUAAGGAAAGUGAUAGAUGAAAAGAUCGGAGAUGGCAUCCAGAGUGCAGAUUUGCAUUAUUUGUGCACUCCAAUCGCUACAACAUUGUUAGAGAAUAAUACGAAUGAAUCUCAGGAACAUAAUACAUUUUCAAAGGACUGUGCGAAUUUUCAGCACUUUUUGAAGAACCCUAAUCAAUCAAGUAAUACCUCAUCAAUGGGUCUUAUUAAAGGAAAGUUUUCAUUUCUAAAAAUCCAGGCAGAACAGCUCUUGAAUCAGGCCUUUGAAAAAUUCAAUAUGUCAACGAUGGAACCAUCAACUGACUCAUCGACCUCUUCUGAUACAGACAGUUUCACCUCAACUCUCUCCCUGACCGAGGAGCUGACCUCUUUUAGUGACAAACUUCGUCUCUUUCAGAAUCGCGAGAACACUCACAAAUUAUGUAAGGAAGAGCUUCACCGGUCUCUGACAAAAAAACGUAAAUAUUAUGUGCGGAAAUUAUCGAUAAAGUACGCCGCAAACAACGAAGUAUAUCUCCGAAGGAGAAUAGAUCGUUUGUUCGAUGUUUGUCUUCUAGUUGAGCUGAAUCUGAGUACUAGAGUACCGUACAUCAAGGACAAGUAUCCAAUCUCUGCUGAGGUACCAGCAUGGAUCGAAAAUUUUUGCUUUCCAGAUGCUCAGGACUGGCCUCCCGAUGAUUCGAAUAACAACCAAUUCUAUUCACUGUGCCUGAUGGACGAAAAAGGGAAUAGAAGGUUUGGGUACUGUAUCAGAGUUAAACCAGAAGAAGGGCCCGUUUUACCGUUGACCUAUUGUUUAAUUACUCAACACCGGGCUAGUGGAUUCUACCACAGAGUUCUUCAAGCCUUGGAGAGCAAACAUGGGCUCUCCGAUAAGAAUCGAAAAGAUUUUAUAGAAGAACUCUACAACAGUUCGAUUCCGAAACCUGGUAAUACUCUCCGAAUGACUAACAAUAAACCUGAAAUAUUUUCAAAUUUAAUUGUUAAUAAUAAUAAUAAUAAUAAUAAUAAUAAUAAUAAUCAGGCGCAUCAUGAUGAUAAAGAAGACAAUGAGAGCACAACGUUGAAUAGAGAAGAAGAUUAUGAAAAUUUGAUCAUGAGAUCUGCAGAUCCUAGGUUAGAAGAGAGAGAUAUGAGUCAGUUGUUUGAUGCUGUGAACAACAAGGUUUUGAUUUUCUUAUUUGGGAGUCUGUUACUUGAGAGAAAAGUGGUUUUAUUUGGAGGAAAAUUAAGUAAACUGAGCAUUUGUGUGGAGGCUCUCCAAAGCCUAUUGUAUCCAUUUAGGUGGCCUCAUACCUUUAUUCCGGUCCUACCGGAUAUUGAGGGCUUGGAAGAGAUUUUCGGUGCGCCUCCGCCUUUUGUCAUUGGUAUUUUAAAGGAGAAGAAAGGCAGCAACCUACAAAUGAGAUCAAUUCAGGACGGUAUCGUAGUCGAUUUGGAUACUUCGAAGGUCAUCACUGCAGUUGGAGAUGAAGCAUCAAUUCUACCCAAGAGACUACAAGAGGGUAUUUACUCAGCUCUGCAGUUGGUUACUAAUAGCACUAAGCAUGGCGAGGAUAUCAGAAAUUUCUUGGUGUCUGAGGCUUUUCUAAGGGUUUUUGUUGAGAGCUGUGCUCAUCUAGAGUUUCAUUUAGCCACCCAGCAGGAUGGAAAAUUAAUUCUUCAGAAAGAGUCAUUUGUGAAAGCUUGCUCGUCAAAGACAAUGCAAUUUUUUCUCGAGUGGUUCGUAGAAACAAUAAUGUUCAACUCAUUCAUUGGUGAUUACAUUGCAUCACUGGAAGGAACAACUCUCAGCGGAAGAUAUGAUAUCAAAUUGUUUAAACAAAGAGUUGCAGAGUUUCACAAACAAUCUGAAAAGAAUUUAUUAUCGAAAAAAAUGAAAAAGAAAACUUUCAGUAAAUUUACAUUCAAUUUUUGAAAUAAAUGACAGCGAGAAUUCACUUAACUACAGUGGAAGCAGUAGCAAUAGUGAAUAUCUUAUGUUAUGACUUUUUGAGGUAACUCAUAGUGAUAAUUUCAUGAUAGCCAUUGAAGAUUGUAAGUACGAUCGUUUGGAUUGUUUGAAGCCUAUUGGGCUGAUGUCAACAAGGGAAGGUUCAACCAAAUAGAUAUAUGCACUACCAUGUACAUUUCAAAAUAUUGCAAAUGAAUAAAUUAAAAUGAAAUUAUCAUCAAAUUUUAGUAGUGAAGUACAAGACACAAAAUAAAAUUGUAAAAAGAUGAACGAAUUAAGAAGAAUAAUACCACAAGUAUCAAAUGUUUUUAAAGGUCAAAUGAAAGUUGUCGGGAGACUAAUUUCAACUGUCAAAAAAAAAUUUCCAUUUCAUUUGUGUUUUUCCUUUAAAGUAAAAUAAUAGACCUUUUCAUCUAUUGUGAUUUUCUCCGAUUGCUCUACUGGUGUAGAAGAAAUUGAUGGAGUUUCCAGCGUGGUGCAGCAAACUGUCUUGAUUAUAUUUUGACGUAUUAUGUAAAUCUGUUCCCUAUAUGUUAAGUUUUUUUUUAUUUCAUUAUAAUAAGAUGGUGGCAAGAUUUGACAUAAACAGCGAAGCAACUAAGAAUGUAAUUAUUGAUUUGUUCUAUUGGUUCGGUAUUUAUAAAGUCAUUAAUUAUUGCCAUUCUUAUAUUAAUCUCAACUGUGAUUCUUUUCUAAUUUAAUUCACGAUUCAAUGAUUGUAAAGACUUUUGCUAUGCUUGUGACAUUUUGUUUUUUUUUUCUUCUACUAUAUAUAAAUGAAAUAAAAUAUAUCGAUAAAA